CUGUCUGCCCCAUUGAUUGCUCAGAAAUACAUACGGUACAGAUACUGGAUACUCGAAGCACGUCAAACUUUGCAUCAGAUAGAUUUAGUCGUUUAAGGUAGGUUUGUUGUUUUCCAAAUUGUUUCAGUCUAGAGCAGCGCAGUUGGAACAGGAGCUGCGUACGGGAUUUCGAGCAAGCAAACACGCGUUGCGUUCGUCCCUGUGCUGCGAGCAGUCGCACACGAUGCAAAAGAAACGCUUCUCCUUCCAAUCUAAAUCGUUUGUGUUUGUUGCUCUAUCCUGUUUCGAUCGUCCGUCGGAUACACAAUCUUUGAUCCUCUUUCGUGGCCAACCACCAAUGCAAACAUCCACCGCCACUACCGCAACGGAAUCAAACACAUACGAAACGAACAUCAGCACAGGCACCAGGAUGAAGAUUAACUCACGCAAAAUCGAAAACGAUCCCGAUAAGGAGGAAGAAGUGGACGGGGAUCCCAAGCAGUCGAUCACGAGUGGUGUCUCUUCGCUGGAAGAAUCGAAUCACGACGAGGAAAUCUGGGAAGGUCAUGAAGAAAGAAACAUGCUUGUCGACAGCAACAAAGAUAGUCCUUUGUCGCAAAAAGGCAAGGAAGGAAAGCAUUCUAAGGAUGCACGGGACAAAACCAAGCAGAGCAAGACGUACGAGAGAGAAAUUGGCGCCAAAGAGACGGAGGCAAAUGGGGCAUCUUCUGGAAACGAGUUGAAAGCACAACCAGAAGAAAAUGUAGAGCAAGACAAGUAUAAAUUCUCUGAUACCCAGGAUGGCAAGAAAAACGAUGCGGCAGUUGCUGAUGCAUGCACAUCUCGAGACUUGGAGGCACAGGGUGAAUUUUUUGAAUUUGAAAGAGAAGAUGAGGCAGAACGCGAGAAGUUUCCAGAUGACUGCUACUCUUUCUUGUCACUUCACGGUCCUUGUUCCAAUCCUCUCUUCUUUGGCUAUGGAAUGUCAGUCUUUGCGUUCCAGGCGUCAUUCCUUAUCCUAAUGUUGAUCAGUGCCCUUGAUAGCGAUUGGAGCAACAAGUUGGAUUCAGAUAAUCCACUUGAUGGUGUCCUCCCGUCAUCUAUUGCUGCAAAUGCAAGUCCGUAUGUCAAGGCAACACAAAUGAUUUCAAUCUUGUGCUAUGUAGGGUUUGCAAGCUACAGCUUGAUGGACGUUGUCGUAGCAGUUGAGACUUUUCCAACAUUUAAGGAUGGCGCAACUUCAUGCAUGGUGUUCUCUUGUGUUGCUCGUGGUUUACAAGGAUUCAUUGCAAUGCUAACAGCACUCCUGCUAAUUGUCACCUCAGAUAAUGUGAUUGAUAUUGUCCUAAAUUUUACAGCAGUUGUGAGUUCUAAGUCAAGUGAAAACAUGCCAAAAGCUCAAGAAACUUAAAUCGCCGUCAUUUUUGUCCUUACUUUUGUGAUUCCAAUCUUUAUCUCUAUUUUCUCUCCACAGAACUUCAUCAGUGAAUUGGACGAUGUUGCGUUUGAGAUGGCCCUGUCAGGAAAAUAUGGAGCAAAGCUUGAAGAUGAAGCAAAACGCAUUCAAAACCUGGAUCUUCCAAAAUGUAUGUCUCAGCGACACAAAAACAGAAGGUUCCUCUGUACAGUAGGAAUAUCUAGUUUUAUCCUUCUUUCGCUUGCAAGUGUUGUUAUCUAUUAUCAAAACAAUAAGGACCUCUGGUUGACGAAAACGUUUCGAGUGGAAUUUGAAGAUGAAAAGCUACGAGAUUACAGUGGAUGCUAUGAAUUUGAUGAAGAUGCAACCAAGUCAAUCAAUGUAUUCAACAGGAAUAUGUACCGGCAGUAUUAUGAAUCAGAUGAUGUUCUUACAUUUGGAUACUGCAUAGAUCAACGCCGUUGGAUCCUAUUCAAGGGUGAAGGUGAUCCUUGUGUUGCCUUUAAGGAUAAUAAAAUGCUUGCGUAUUCUACAAAGAUACAGGCAUUUGAUGUCUCAACCACUUUUUCGGAAGGAUGGUUUUCUGCAGCUGGCACUCCUCUUGAAAAUAUGUAUUUUCUUGAAGUGAAUGAUAAUAUCAAAGACCUAGUUUGCACUUCAUUAAAUGAUGGAAUUUGCAACAACGAAAACCUGAAUGAAGCAGGAGACACUGGAUAUCGAUUCGACGGUGGCGAUUGUUGCUCUGCUACGUGUUCACAUUCCAAUUGUGGACUUGGUGCAGCCACAGACCCAUUUGGUGGAAUGGGAAAUGCUACUGGACAUGGAUUUCCAAAUUGCAUUGAUCCAGAUAUGGUUCCAAUCACCAUUCGCCUUGGAGAUAUCACGAGUGGCGUGAGCAUAGAUUAUGUUAAAAAGAAAUAUGGUGAGGAUGAAGAGACGAUUCGAUGGGUCAUGGACGAGGCGGCUGAACUUGAGAUUAUCAAUCCUACCUUGACACUCAAGUGUGGCAACAAGCAUGUUUUGAUAGUAGAUAUUGAUCAAAUGAUGACCAAUGGGAGUGAAACUGUUUCUAUUGAGGAUGGAGCAACGUGUACCAUUGAAGUUCAGAACAAAACCGAUCAGCCCGUUGAUAAUAUUUUGUUUGUCGACUUGACAAUUUUCCAAGGACCUAUCGACGACAGAAACACAAGAAUCAUUGAGAUGAAUAGCGAAUUUCAGAACUCAGCCUCUUUUGCGACAAUUCAAACUUGCUCAUUCGAAAAACUUUCUGAUUAUUACACAUUAAACAACAUCCACAGCAACAGAGAUUAUUCGUUGCAAGCAUUAAGUUGGAUGAGUGAAGAAAGCAAUGGACAGAAUUGCCAUGAUGAAUUUUUUGUUGACCGAUUUGCACUGAUAAUGAUGAAAUUCGAUGGUCUCGCUCCACCCGGUUUCACAUUGACUGAAACAGACCCAGACUCAACACCACAUUGUCUCUGGAGUUAUAUCGAUUGCACAAAAAGAGGGUCUCUGUCUGGAAUUGAUAUCAGGGAUUGGGAUGUUGAUUAUAUCCCAACUAUGAUCGGCAUGUUGUCAUCACUUUCUUCAUUAGAACUAUGUGAGAGCCACGAAAAAAUAAUUGGUGCUGAGAUGUUUUCAUUAUGUUCUAUGCAUUACCUAAUAUCAAUGCUUUUGCUUCAUUGUUUUCUCUUCAUCUUAUCUUUUUUUCGUUUUACACUCAACUGCCUUGGCCUCCACCAUGUGAUUAAAGUUGGAAAUGAAAUUGCAGAUCUUCCCAGUGAAAUUGGUAAGCUUAGCUCCCUAACUAAGCUUGGCAUGAGUGAGUAAUUUGUGUCGGAAUUUUUUCAUCCAAAUUCUAUGACUUCGUUGUAGCAAUUUCUUGUUAUGUUUCCUUUACACUCAACUGCCUUCGCCUGCACCAUGUGAUUGUAGGUCAAAAUGGUGUUACAGAGAUUCCAACUGAUAUGUACGCUUUCAGGUUAUUGAAAGACCUACAUUUCGGUGCGUUGUUGGAUCAGGCAAUGUUUCAUUUGCGUGCUGUCAUUACAUUGUUGCAAUUUCUUGUUAUGUUUCCUUGACACUCAACUGCCUUUGCCUCCCCCAUGAUAAUACAGGUAGUAAUGAGAUUACAGAGCUUCCCAGUGAAAUAGCAAGUUUCAGCUUCCUUGAAAAUCUUUCUUUUGGUGAGUAAUUGGGGUGGGAAUUAUUUAAUCUGCAUGCUAUCGAACGAUUUCUUGCCAUGUUUCAUUGACACUCAACUGCAUUUACCUCCGCUAUGUGAAUUUAGAU